AUGGUUGAUGGUACAUUAGGCUCGAAAAAGCAAAUAGUCCUUCUGUACUACCGUAACUAUCCGUUAAUUAACUCGCGUGUCCUAUUGUUUCAGUCUAAGCAGCGGGCGUCGAUUAAAUGGCUGCUUUCCAAGGCAUUCAACAACAGGGUACCGGAUAACCUGCAGGAGCCCUUCUACAGGGAUCAUGAGGACCAGGAACACCUCAAGCCACCGAUAGUUGGCGGGCUGGCUAACGCAGAGCUGUACUGUCUAGCGCUGGCCAACAUGUAUUCGGACCCGAACUACCACAGCCUGAACCAUUGGAACAUCCUGAAUACGCUGGCUCGCAAGGGCGUGCCGGUGCCGGACCCAGCUGACUGCGCCCUCACCGAGACGGUGCUGAUACAAACGAACCCGCUUAAAAUGAGCGCUCACAUGGCGGUUAUAGAAGCGUUGAUGGCGCUGUACGCGCGGGAAGUUGUCACCGGCGAUCGAGUGGCGGCAGCGAUACAGCGCUUCGGGGUGCCAAUACCACCGCCCGCGGCUUUGGCUAACCACGAGGACGGGCUGCUCAGCUGGAUCAAUGCAGCGUGCGCAGCGCUCAACAGCGCAGAGGACGAGACGUCGCGCUGCGUGCCGAGCCUGCGCUCCCUGCAGGAGGCCUGCGACGGCACCGCCCUAGCGGCGCUCGUCUCCUUCUACUGCCCGGAGGCGCUGCCCCGCGGCGCGGUGCGCGUCGGCCGCAUGGCCUCGAUCCACGACUGCCUGCACAACCUGAUGCUGGUGCGCGACUUCUGCCGCGAGCGGCUGCCGCACGACGUGUUCCACAUGCUGCCCGAGGACGUCGCCUACAUGCGCGGAUCCAUGCGUCAGAACCUCGUUGCGAUGCUCGCCGAUCUCUUCAACGUGCUAGAAGUCCAUCCCGUGAAGUCCGUAAAAUAUCCAGGCAUCGCGCGGGCGGACAGCAACGCGCACGGCGUGCGCCACAAGCGCUGCCUGCCGCCGCCGUCGCCGGUGCCCAUCCCGGACCUGCGCGGCGACGCCCACGCCCACCCCCACGCCCACGCGGCGUACGCGCCCCUGCCAGUGUCGCGGUCGCCGUCGGCGGGCGGGGUGCGGGGGCGCGCGGCGGGCCGCUCCGCGUGCUCGACGCCCGAGCGGCGCAGCGCGAGCCCGCAGCGCGACGAGUUCGUCGUCCACAGGGGCCGCGCCAUCACCACGCUAUCGGCGCUCGUGCGACGCGACGAGGAGAGCGCGCUGUCGCAGCUGGGCGGUGCGGUGGGGGCGGUGGGUGCGGUGGGGGCGGGGGUGGCGGCGGGGCGGCCGUCGCAGCGCGGCAGCCGCGAGUCGUUCGCCGGGCGCCGCUCGCGCCGCUCGUCCGUGUCGGACGACAGCCAGCUGACGGUGGAGAACUUCGGCGGCUCGCAGGACCGGCUGCACUUCGCCGGCCGCAACCCCGAGAAGGAGCUCGCCACCGUCGCCGCGAUGCCGCCCCAGCGCAAGAUCUCCGCGCCCGCCGGCCCUGCGGAGUACAACCCGCCGCUGCGCUCGUCGCGGCAGGACGUCCGCGGCACGUUCCAGCUGUUCCACGAGGAGCGGCAGAACGGCGGCCAGCCCGUCGGGCGGCAGCUGAGCAGCGACGCCAUCUCGCUGCACGGCUUCGGCGCCGGAGACGGCUUCCUCCCCGGCCGCGACUCCACGGACGGCGACGCCUCCAGCGCCGGCUUCGCGGACCUCGACAGGGUCCGGACCAACGGCGACCAGCAAGGUGUGGGGGGAGGCGCGGGCGAGCCGGCCGAGCGGCGGAAGACCACCACCUUCUCCACGCCCACCACCACCACCACGUGGCAGCAGCAGGUCAUGCAGCACGAGCACCAGCCCAACGGCGACGAGGCGGGCGAGGAGGAGACGUCGCCGGGCGGCGGGCAGGCGAUGGCCGCGCAGCUGAACAACAUCCGGCUCAAGCUGGAGGAGAAGAGGAGGCGCAUCGAGCUCGAGAAGCGGCGCAUGGAGGUGGCCGUCAGCAGGCAGCGGCAGCAGCUCGGCCAGCAGGCGUUCCUGCAGGCCGUGGCCAGGGGCAAGGGGGCGCGCACGCCCGGAGACGACGACGCCAAAGACGACCGGCAAAUACAGGAGAUGGUGGUCGAAGCGCCAAGUCAAACCGCUGAAAACGUUGUCCUAGAGCAGUACCAGCAGUCUAUAGCCAAAAUGAACUCUAGCCUGCAGGACAUACAGAGCGACAUCGCGCGGCUCGCCAGCCAACAGACCCAGCUGCAGCAGCAGCAGCAGCAGCAACACCAGCAGCAGCAGCAACAACAGCUGCAACAGCAACAGCAACAGUUGCAGCAGCAGCAGCAACAGCAACUGCAACAACAACAGGAACAGCUGCAACAACAGCUGCAGCUGCAUCAGCAACAAGCGAAGCAGCUGUUCCAGCAGGCGCAACAGCCACCGCAGUCGCUGUUCCAACAGCAGUUUCAACAAAACAUUCCACAAUUGCACAGCCAAUUCAGCUCGGCGCACAACGUGUCCCGCGCCUCCCCCAACGCGGCGUUCGGCUCCACGCCGCACAUACCGCGCGAGCUGUUCGCCUACGAGCAGCAGAUGCAGCAGCUGCAGCAGAUCCAGCAGCAGCAGCACUGCCAGUACCGCGACAUCGAGGAGCCCGGCGGGCGGUUCUUCCUACACGAGAGCCCACCGCAGCAGCCGCCGCAGCGCAGGACCUGGGCGCAGCACGCGCAGCUGCAGCAGGAGAACGCGGAGCUGCGCGGCUGGCAGCUGCACCAACAGAACCACCAGCAGUUCCAACAGCCCCUCGAGAUCCCGCAGCGGACAUGGAAAUCGCCCUCGCCGCAGCCGCCGCCCGAGCGGACCUGGAACCCGCAGGGCUUCGUGCUGCACGACAGGACGAACCAGCCGUUCCAGGUGCACUACAACCACGAGCGGCAUCAGCAGAACGGCACCGAGAACAUUCGAGAGGCGCAGAACCACUUGAGCUACACUGUGAUAAACCCCGGCCAGUACGCGUCGCAGUCGCCCCCCCUGGCGGCCAGCCCGCGCCGCUCGCGCACGCCGCAGCGGCAGGGCUCGCUGCCCGAGGCGGCGCGCAAGCCGGAGCCGGUCAGCCUGCAACAGCUGCAGCAGCUGCAGCCGCUGCCGGCGCCGGGGCCCGUGCCGCCGCCCGAGGACAUGGAGCCGCAGAACAUCUCGUUCAUCGGCAGCGCCGAGGACGACGCGCUGCGGCAGGGCAUUAGCAGGCUGAACAUCUCGUCGGGCACGCGCACGUACCGCAUCCCGUCGCCCACGCGGCCCUCGCUCGGCCGCACCUCGUUCCGGCACCCCGAGCGCGAGGAGGCGGACGAGCGCGCCGAGAAGGGCUUCUACAUAUCGUUCGACAACGAGCAGCCGAAGCGGCCGAAGCCGCCGCUGCGGGCGAAGCGCGGCUCGCCCCGCAAGGAGCGCUCGGCCUCCGAGCAGCACAGCCCCGAGCGGAGCCCCGAGCGCUCGUGGCCCGAGCUGCAGCCCGCGGCUGCCGCCCCUAGUGACGCUUCCCCGCCGCGAAGGGAAACGCCGCCUAGGGAGCGGCCCAACGCCGAGCCCGCCGCCCUACUCAUCGGCGAGCUCAACCCCGACCCGAACUCGGCCGAGGAGAUGGAGCGCAAGAAGGAGCGCAUCAUGCUGCUGUCGCUGCAGCGGCGGCAGCGCGCGGACGAGGCGCGGGCGCGGGCGGACGCGGCGGCCGCGGCGCGGAGGGCGCGCGAGGAGGCCGCGCAGGAGCAGAAGCUCGCGCGCAAGGAGGAGCAGGCGCGCCGCCGCGAGGCCAUCCUGCAGCAGUACAAGCUCAAGAAGGCCAUCGAGGAGGCCGAGAGGGAGGGCAAAGUGCUCGACAAGAGCGAGUUCUUGGAGACGUUGAAAGGGGGCGGGCACACGCCGUCUGGCGGCGGGGGCGGAGGGGGCGCGACGCGAUUGCGAGGCAAGGCGGCCCGCGCGCGGCCCAAGACCAUCCACGUGGACUCGGGCGCCCUGCACGCCGCGGAAGGCAUGCUGGCCAAGCAGCCCUCCGCCACCAACCUCUCCGCGGGCGGCACGAUGCGGCGCGACUACUACCGCGGCUCGCAGGACAGCCUCGCCGAGCGCGCCGGCCUCUACAGAGAGUCGCCGGUGGAGGACCGAGGCGGCGUGUCGCCCGGCAGCGCGUCGAGCGGCGCACUCGGCCGGCGGGGCUCGUGCAAGACCUCGCGAGAGCGUGUGAAUGACGAGGCACAGUCGUCGCGUGGAAGGUCUAAAUAUUCCACUUACCAGAGUAACUUUAAGGCCGGGAGGAAAUCUAGCUCUCUUAUGAACUUGUGCGACUCGGGGCUGGGGCGGGCCACGCCGCCGCGGCGCGCCGCGUCGCCGGGGCUGCGCGGGCUGGCGCGCGGCGCCGCCUCGCCCGCCUCGGGGCCCGGCUCGCUGCCCUCCGCGCCCACCGCCAUCGGCCGGCGCCGCCAGCCCAACGACGACGGCUCCGACGUCUCCUCCACGCACUCCUCCAUCAUGGACUACUCGGGCCCGAAGCUGUACAAGCAGCCGGCCACCAAGUCGAACCGGGGCAUAAUGCUGAACGCGGUCGAGUACUGCGUGUUCCCGGGGGCGGUGAACGCGGAGGCGAAGAGGCGGGUGCUGGAGGAGAUUGCUCGCUCCGAGAGCAAGCACUUCCUGGUGCUGUUCCGGGACGCCGGCUGCCAGUUCCGCGCGCUCUACUCGUACUGCCCCGACAGCGAGGACGUGGCCAAGCUCUACGGCACCGGCCCCAAGCACGUCAACGACCGCAUGUUCGACAAGUUCUUCAAAUACAACUCGGGCAGCAAGUGCUUCUCGCAGGUGCACACGAAGCACCUGACGGUGACCAUUGACGCGUUCACGAUACACAACUCGCUGUGGCAGGGCAAGAAGGUGCAGCUGCCCAGCAAGAAGGACAUGGCGCUCGUCAUC